GCCAGCCCGGUCGCUGCCGGGGCGCGACGGGGAGGGAGCGCGGUUGAGAAACUCAUUUCCCACCAGGCCGCCGCGCGCCGGUCCGCCCCGCCCGCCGCCGAGCGCUGGGAGAGCCGCCGCGGGCCCUUUAAGGGCCGAGAGGUGCGCGGUCUCUUUAAGGCAGGUCCUGGUGGUUUCUGUUUUCUGAAGGAAGUGACGGGGGGUGGGAUUGAAUGAAAAGUGCAAAACAGAGUCUCGGAGCUCCGGAGUCGGGGGCCGCGGGAGGCGCCGCGCUCGGACUGGGAGGCGGACGGGCCCCGGGAGCGCGGCGUCCGCCUCAGAGCCGCCGGGGGGCGCGCGGCGGAGCGCAGCCCACGUGCCUCGGCGCCACGUCGCUGGCGCCCCGCGGCUGAGCCCCCCGCCCCAAGGGGAGCCGCGCCCCCGCGCCGUGAACUAGCCUCCAAGUUCGGGCGAAGUUUGGCCCCGCAGCUCCCUGCCUGCUCGCGGCACACCGGGACCGCGAGGGCGGCGGCGGCUCCCGGGGAUGCGCCCGCCCGGCCGCUGCGGGGUCCCCCGGGCGUCCCCCGCGCUGCUGCUCCUGCCGCUGCUCGUGCCGCUGCUGGGGGCGCCGCGCGGCGUGGGCGCGGGGGCCGGGGCUGGCGCGCCGUCGGAGCUGCGGGUGCGGGUGCGGCUGCCUGACGGCCAGGUGACCGAGGAGAGCCUGCAGGCGGACAGCGACGCCGACAGCAUCAGCCUGGAGCUGCGCAAGCCCGACGGCACUCUCAUUUCCUUCACCGCAGACUUUAAGAAGGAUGUGAAGAUCUUCCGGGCCUUGAUUCUGGGGGAGCUGGAGAAGGGGCAGAGUCAGUUCCAGGCUCUCUGCUUCGUCACCCGGCUGCACCACAAUGAGAUCAUUCCCAGCGAGGCCAUGGCCAAGCUCCGGCAGAAAAACCCACGGGCAGUGCGGCAGGCUGAGGAGGUGCGGGGCCCAGAGCAGAUGCACAUGGACAUCGCCGUCAACUUCAGCCAGGGGGCGCUGCUGAGCCCCCAUCUCCGCAACGUGUGUGCAGAGGCCGUGGAUGCCAUCUACACCCGCCAGGAAGACGUCCGGUUCUGGCUGGAGCAAGGUGUGGAUGGCUCCGUGUUCGAGGCUCUCCCCAAGGCCUCAGAGCAGGUGUUGCUGCCUCGCUGCGGGCAGGUGGGGGACCGCGGGAAGCCCUGCAUCUGCCGCUAUGGUCUGAGCCUGGCCUGGUACCCCUGCAUGCUCAAGUACUGCCACGGCCGCGACCGCCCAGCGCCCUACAAGUGCGGCAUCCGCAGCUGCCAGAAGAACUACAGCUUCGACUUCUACGUGCCCCAGAAGCAGCUGUGCCUCUGGGAUGAGGACCCCUAGCCAGGCUGGGACGAGGGGUGGUCCCCGAGGCAGCUGCCCGGCACCCACUGCCCCUCCCCCAGCCGCCAGAGGGGGUGCCCCCCACCCGCUACAGCCGAGGCCUUAUCGCUCUUCCUUCCCAUCACCUAAUCCCGGAGCCUCUGGCUCCCUCACCCGUGACUGUGAAAGGGGUGUGGUGUGGCAAGGGUUAACUCAUGAAGGCAGCCCCCACUCCUGCCCUGUGCGCCUUCCUUGGGGACCCAGGGAGAAGGGGGGUUCUCUAAGCUUGCCUCCCCUCCUUCAUCUCCCCAAAGUGUUCACUUUCAAGCACCCAAAAUGUGACGGCCUGUGACUCUCCUAUUUAACUCUUUGAAGGUUUAGACCCUGAAAGGUGUCUGUGCCUGUCCUACCCACCUCCCCACACACAACUCCUGCCCCACCGUUGGGAAGGACCUAGCCUCUGUGCACCGUCCCACUGCGCAGCAAGGAGGGGAAAAAUCAUUGCACCAGAGGGGGCGCAGCCCCAAGCACGGAUCUCAACGCCUUCCUCUCGUUCUGGCCUCGGAGGCCGCCGUCCCCACCCUGACACAGACCAUACGUGCCUUUCUGCAAACCUGGACUUUGCCGAGGGAGCAGGUGCUGGCUUGCUCCCUCUAAACAGAAAUAUUUUUGUAAGGUUCUGGGACAGGGAGGGAGCAUGAAGUAUGAGGAAAACUUGAAUUCCAGAUUUUUAAUGCAGAAUAUUUAUCAUUUGUACCAGAAAUAAAAGUUUAAAUUUUUACUUGA